AUGGAUGGACCCGGAGCUCAUCACAGAGCCCACCAAAUUCAGCAAACAGCCUCAGACCAUCUUCCAAGGAAAGAGAACCAGCAGAAAGACUCAGAUGACCAGGUAAUCUUUGGCCAGGUGUUGCUUAAGAAGCAGGUCUUUCCCCACCUGGUGUCCUUCAAGUCCCAGCAGCUGAUCACAGGGACCCCAGUGAAUGCCAACUCCUGUGCCAGAAAAUGGCUGCAAUACCAGGGCAACUGCUAUGGAUAUUUUGAGAUGAAGUUGACCUGGCAAGAAGCUGAGAUUGAGUGUCAGAGCUACCACCGUGGGGCCCACCUCGUUUCUCUUCUCACCCCCGCCGAGACCCUUGUUGUUGCUGACCACAUCUCUGCUUACCAGACCGAAGUCAGUGAUGUCUGGAUCAGGCUGCAUGAUAUCCGGCAUAAUGGGAAAUGGAGGUGGUCAGAUGAGUCGACCUACAACUACAAAGCUUGGAUGGUGGGGGCACCCAGUAACCCUAAAAAAAAGGAGUACUGUGUUGAGCUGAUUUGUUUCAUAGGAUUCACACAGUGGAACGAUGCCAAGUGCCACAAACUGAAUGCCUACAUCUGCAAGCAUGAACUGUCAAGGGGCUGGUGA